UUCCAUUAUCGCAGUGGUGGCAGUGUGUUGAUUAACAGUGUCAGUUAAAGUGACCGUACAAGAUACCUAUAACAAUAUUAUUAAUUGCGAAGCGGCGGUCUAAGUCAUUGCAAUAUUAUAACAUUUAAUAAACAUAAAAAGAGCACAUACCUACGUAAAUAUCCGUUUGACUCGGUGAAUUUAUAGUUCUUUUUUUUUUUAUCGUUUUUAAGAUUUUUUGUUCCGUUACGUUUUUGCUGUUUAAAGACGAGUCGUACUCGACCAAAUGUCGGUCUAUUGUCAUACGAGUAACUGUUGUUAAUCUAAAUUUUUGAACUCGUUGACUGCUGCAGGUUAGGUACUUAUAAUGGCGAACAAUCGAAAAUUGAUAAAAUUGUUAUUGGUGGUCAAUAUUGUGUACAUUUGUAUCGGUUUUACAUCGACGAGGUCGCCGAGUCUACAUCAAAAUAAAAAAUUGGCGAACAAAGCAGAGGAAGUCCAAUCGGUCGAAGCCGAAGCACCUGAAGUAUCGGAAGCAGGAGAGAAUAACGACGAACCGAACGACGUACCACCGGAAAACGGUAGAUUAAACAUGAAACGACGACCCAAUGGCUGCCCGUAUUGCGAUUCUAGUGUGUACAGUUACUGCUCUGACAAAUUAUUGCACGACGCCUGUUGUUGCUUAGAUCCGCACGAUUUACCAAAUGAAUGUCAAUUCGCGGAUUGUAGUUUUCUUCACUCAAAUACUUGCCGAGAACAUCGUCUGAUUACUGCUUGUUGUUGUAAUCAGUUCCUCGCACAUAAGAAGUAAACUUACUGCAACUAUAAAUUAUUUCAGCUUUAUGUUAUUUCAUCGAACCUAUAUCAAUCAACAAACAGACCAACCUUGUACGAUUAAAAUUUUUAAAUGUUUGAAAAAUAGUAUAAAUUAAAACUACAUUGAUGUUAAGACUUAAGAACCAAUAGUCCUUAUACCUACCUAUUUUAUAUUUUCAAUAUUAAUAAUUGUACAUUUUUAUAGAUCUUAUAGCUUAUAAUUGAUUAUUAUCAUGAUUAAUAACUUACUAUAUUCAUAAAUUAUAAUGUUUAAAUGAGUUUAUUUUUUAUAUAGUUACUUUAUUGUAUUUUUUUUUAGACUAUAGUUGAUUCGAUGUUUUUCCGAUGUUUUUAAUGUUUAAAUUUUAAAAUGUCAUUGUUAUGUAAAAUGGUAGCUGUUGGCGUCAGAUGUAGGCCAUACAGGACAUUUUUUCCACCAAAAAAAUUCAAACUUUCUAUUUUUCACCCCAUGGCACCAUUUAUAGAUAUUAUACUAUUGUGCAAUGUGCAUUAGUAAACGCCGUUUUUACACACUAUUCUACUUUUUAUCCGAAAAUUAGUUAAUAAUUCUCAAGAACUCUUUUAAAUUAUUUAAUUUUUAUUUAAAGUUUAUACUUAUUUUAUAUUGCCUAUGAUAAAUAUGGUAGUAUAGUUGUUAAAAGGAAACGAUUUGUGUCAGUACAUUGGUUGAAUGAUUAUUAUAUAAUAAUUUUUUUACAUUUUUAAGUAAAUAUUGGGAUGUGGGGAGAUCACCCCUGCACGGGUUACAUUUCAUGUAAUAUCAGGGGUGGGCGUCUACAACCCCCCGCAACAUUUUAGCCCUAGCAGCGCCACUGACAACCGUACUACUAUAUUAUAUUAUAUAUAUUUUAGCACAUAUUUAUUAUUAUUUCAGAUACUAAAUGGUAUAGCACAUUUUAAUUAUUAUUCAGGUAUUGAAUAGCGUAGCACAUUAAAUAGGUAAUAUGUUUUAUUUAAUGUACCUAUAUCAUGUUUGACAAAUAAAUUAGUAAUUGUUUAACCAUCAUCAGCUUUAUUUGAAAUCAAAUUAAAUAAUACGCAUUAAUCCCGCACUAUAGCCGACGUAACGUCUGUAUACAUUACUGUACUUUAGCAACUAAAGAAUUCACUAUAGAAAAAAUUGUUUCUGUUUUUUUUUUUUAUUAUUAUUUUGUUAUUUAUUAUUAUUCAAUAUUUUUCUAUUUACAUUUGUAUUUUUUAGUUGAAAAGAAUAAACAAUGAAUUUUAUAUUA